UGACGUCUCCACCACUGAGCAAGCCGGCCGCUGCCCUCGCCCGCUGUGAGCGCAGGCCCCGGAAAAUGGCAUCCCCAGCAGAGCUGUUCAGCAGCAUCGCUGCUCAAGAGAAGUCUCUGGAAGGCCUGAAGGCCAGGAGCGUGCCAGCGGAUGAAAUCGACGCUGCAGAGAAGAUCCUGCUGACUUUGAAGGCCUGCUACAAAGCGGCAGUGGGUGAAGACUACAAGGCUGGCUGCCCCCCAGGCUCUGGAGGUGACACCGCGGGGCCCGAGNNCGCGGGGCCCGAGGAGGACUUUGUGGACCCGUGGAUGGUGCAGACCAGCAGCGCGAAGGGCAUUGACUACGACAAGCUCAUCGUCCGAUUCGGAAGCAGCAAAAUUGACACUGAGCUGAUAAACCGCAUCGAGCGAGCCAUCGGCCAGAAGGCCCACCGCUUCCUGCGCAGAGGCAUCUUCUUCUCACACAGAGAUAUGAAUCAAGUCUUGGAUGCCUACGAGAACAAGAAGCCCUUCUACCUGUACACGGGCCGGGGCCCCUCCUCCGAAGCCAUGCACCUGAUGACGGACGACGAGAAAUACCUGUGGAAGGACCUGACGCUGGACCAGGCGCACUUCUAUGCCGUGGAGAACGCCAAGGACAUCAUCGCCUGCGGCUUCGACGUCAACAAGACCUUCAUCUUCUCGGACCUCGACUAUAUGGGGUCGAGCACAGGCUUCUACAGGAACGUGGUGAAGAUCGAGAAGCACGUGACCUUCAACCAGGUGAAAGGCAUCUUCGGCUUCACCGACAGUGACUGCAUUGGGAAGGUCAGCUUCCCCGCCAUCCAGGCCGCCCCCUCCUUCAGCAACUCCUUCCCCCAGAUCUUUGGGGACAAGACAGAUGUCCAGUGCCUCAUCCCUUGUGCCAUCGACCAGGACCCUUACUUCCGGAUGACCAGGGACGUGGCCCCCAGGAUCGGCUACCCCAAGCCCGCCCUGCUGCACUCCACCUUCUUCCCUGCCCUGCAGGGGGCCCAGACCAAAAUGAGUGCCAGCGACCCCAACUCCUCCAUCUUCCUCAUCGACUCGGCCAAGCAGAUCAAGAGCAAGGUCAACAAGCACGCGUUUUCCGGGGGCAGAGACACCGUGGAGGAGCACCGCCAGCACGGCGGCAACUGCGAGGUGGACGUGUCCUUCAUGUACCUCACCUUCGACUACAGCAGCGGCGCCAUGCUCACAGGUGAGCUCAAGAAGGCCCUCAUCGAUGUGCUGCAGCCCCUGGUGGCCGAGCACCAGGCCCGGCGCCAGGAGGUCACGGAUGAGGUGGUGAAAGAGUUCAUGACACCCCGGAAGCUGUUCUUCGACUUCCAGUAGCACCCCUUCCUGUCAGGUGCUCCUGGCGGGGCCCAGCCCACCCCCGCUACCUGUUAGCCCAGUGUGUUGUCGAUGCCACCACUUCUGUGAAUGCCACCUGUCAGAGCAGCUGCUGUCGGCGUGGCAGCCGCGGGCGGAGCGUGCCCCACUCUGCAGGACAGCGGCCCAUUCCCAAGUGUCCCUAAGGCUCCGUCCGACACAGCAGCCCCCUCCCUCGUAGACUAGGUCUUCUCCGUCAACCGAAGCAUGCUGCCCGGGACCCUCCGUGGGUGCAGUCUUCCCCGGGGUUUCAUGAACACGGAAGUAAGGAGCAUGGCGAGCGAGUGAAGAGAAGCCACCCACCAGCGGGUCUCGGCCCAGCGCCCGCCUGGCUUUGUUAAUGUGUUCAGUUGCACCCCAUGUGUGCCCUGGCUCUGGGCCACACACGUGCCCCUUGCAAAGGCGUGCCAGCCCUCUCUUCUGUUCAUCCUAACUGAUGAGGGAGUUAGCCUACAGCCAGGCCGGUCGGUCGUGUCCCUGGGCAAGGGGGCUGCCCUGUUUGUGUCUGUGCCCCGGAGCAAGUGUGGGAAGGCAGAUGGCAUCUUGGGGGCAGCCUGGCUGGACGUACCCUGCUCUCAUGCUCUUGCUGCCCUGAAUAAAGUUGCUCUGCUCUA